GCCUCUCUCUCUCUCUGGCGCUCACGAUGAACGGAUCCAAGGACCCCCGACAUCCAGUUUGGAUUGGGCCGGGCCCUGAGAGAAGUCAAGAAAGAAAAGUAGAUGAACAAGCGGAUAAGAUCACGAUGACCCUAUCACGAAAAUGGGUCCCCUUCCUUUCCCUCCCCUUACCUGUUUCGUCCGUCCGUCCGUAAUCCAACAAAACCUUCCGAUAUCGGCUCAUGUCGUGAUGCAAAGUUGAGAGAGCACCACACAAACCACGCACCUCACACGAAAAGAUAACAGUGACGAUGCAAGAAUGCUCGUGUGGUGCUCCGAUUCAGCUCCUGCUGGCGGCAACUCGACAACCCCUAGGUGGCGCUUUGAUGCUGUGACACUGGAGUAUCUGCCUGAUGUGAUAGACGAGGACCGCGAGGAGAAAGAAGUGAUUCGCUUUGUGCUCGGGAAGGUCGACAAUCAGGAAGUCGAUAUGUUUGGAGGUGAUCCCCAAAAGGCCUGGGGCGCGAGGGGUGAAGUUGGAAACACCACGAUGCUUGCCAGCUGGCCGUCAGCGUACGACAGCAAAACUCGGCGAAUGAGAUGGGAAUUUGUUUCCUCUGGGGGGACAACUACUGGGUACUGGGGUAAUGCCAGCGAAGAGAGCUACAUACUCUUGCUUGCACUAGUGUACACAGAUGAAACGAUCCCAACCGCGGUUCGUGUAAACGUCCAAGUCGUCGGCCGUCAUGCUGUUUCAAAUGAUUUGGAUUGCGUGGUGUGGACUCGUCCUGCAUCGACAAGUGGUCACGCUCCCGUUAACGUGAUGAAAAGGUUAUUUUCGGCUUUCCACGCAAUCAGAGUUGAAAAUAGCGGCAUGUGUCGCAAAGAGACAUUGGACAUGUGCAUCAGAUCGCUGUUUGGUUGGUGGUCCGCGGCAGUCGCUUGCGCGAGACUGCGGAGUCAUUGCACCAACUCCCAGGUCACAAAUCCUUGAAUUCACCACGAUGAUCAUCAAUCACC